AUGACCGGCAAAUCUUGUUUCAGCCAUAAACAUGGGCAACAUCUCCUUCUCCAUCCUCGCCUGCGGCUGUCGAUUCCGAAGAGUAGAUCGUUUCGACGCUCGCGACCUCCUCACCCAUCCAAGACGUGUCUGAUGAACUCCGACAAUGUCUCGGCUGGAGAUUCACGGCUAGAAUCGCGGGGAAUCGAGGCUGAAAUUCCGGCAAUAGUCGUUGCUUCCGGAACUGUGCAGGUGCUGGAGAAGUGGCGGGCGCAUCUUCUGUUGGUGAACGAGGAUCGGCACGGCGAGGUGCUGCUUGCAGACAAAGCUGCCCCGACUAAUUUGUUGCUGCUUGUCUCUCCCUCGGCCGGCCGCGGCUGCUCGAGGGUCGAUGGGCUCAGAACAUAUGGGAAGUCUCAGAUGGAACUCAGGACAUGCUACUCGCCAUUCGAUAGACCUGGAAAAUCGAUGGCGGCCGCUCGCUGGGAAAAAUCACGGCCAGAGGCUUGCGAUGAGAGGGGUAGCAGGGCUGAUGGCCUGUUCGUGCGAUGGCUGCUAUGGAGGACCUCCGGCUACAGCUGCGGAUAG